AUGCGGGCAACUCGCGCGAGCCUGCCCUUAGUGGCCCUAGUUUUCCUUUUUACACAAACGCAGGCGCAGAAAUACAUACUUUGCAAAUCACAUGGAUCAGAAGAUUGUCAAUUAUACUCAUCGAAUCAAGAUCAAGAUGACAUCGCAAUAUCACCAUCACACGUGUGUGGUGCAAUCAGUUCUUUUGAAGUGACGAGAUUGCGUGACCAAUUUCACACGGUUGAACCACUUGGACUCGUUAAGGGAUUUACAAAAAAUAUAUUUUGUAAAGUAGUUGUUCACGUCAACACUGCUAAUCUACAUGAACCAUUCGUUUAUUUUCGCCCUCGGUAUUCAAGAGCUCGAAGACAGGCAACCUUUACUCCCAGAGGAAAAUAUCGAGGCCAAACUCAGUCACAAUACUUGGCUAUAGAUAAAGGAAAUGGAAAAGACGAGGGCAAGGCGGAGGCCCAUUCUGCAGCAGAUUCUUCAAGAGCAAGUGUCAGUGGUAACAGCGGAAUGGGCCAAGCACAAAGCCAGUCCAUUUAUGAUCCGAGUUGCGAUGAUUGCUACGGCGCACCAAGACAGGAAGUCGAGAGCUUAAGACAUCAGCCCGGAAGAACAACAGAUUACGGUCGAAGCUGGCCUGGCACUGGCCCUGAGUAUUCAUCGCGUCAUCCUGGAGGAACUAGGCAUCCAGGCCAAUCGCCUGAUACUUACUCAUAUAACCCAGACAGCACAGGUUUGAAUAGUCCAAAUGGAUAUAUCGGUAGUAGUUACAGACCAGAUGGCAAAAUUAUACCAGGGUCGUCGUCUGACAAUCAACGAACCGGUUAUGGCCCUGGUGGGGAUAGAAGUGGCUAUGGUCCAUCUUAUAAUUAUGGUCCUCGAGGCUCAGGAUCGAGUUAUCCCGGCAGCAAUGGUUAUGGACCAGGAAAAGAUAUCCAAUCAGGGGGAGUCGGUCCAGAUAGUCCGUAUAGAAACGGCGGAACUCCCUCAGACAGAUUUGGAGGACAAACAGACAGGUCUCUUCCAAGUGGCAAUUUACCUAAAAGUGACACAAACCCAUUAAAUACAGGUAAUAAUUAUGGUUUGCCACAGAAAGGCUACCCGGUUCAGGCCGGUGGUCACAAUGGUAUGCCUAUAAACGAUUUAAAUGACCAAACCAAAUAUCCAACUCCAGGUGGCAGAGGCGAACCAAGUUCACGGGGAAAUUACAUACCAAUCAUACCAGGUCAAACUGGAAAGAAUAAUAAUAACGUGCAACAUUAUCCAAAUAAAAAUUAUAAUCAACCUUCCGUUAAUCCCGAUGAUGGUUCCUAUUACAAUCCAAGGCCAAGUGGACCUUACUCUCCAGGACAAAAUGGAGGAGAAAGUUAUAUACCGAGUGGGUCGUCUAUACCACCUGGUCAACUAAAUGCUUUUAAUCCAAAAACAAGACCUGAUAAUGCACCACCAGGAGCUAACGGUCAAGCAAUUGUUCCUCAGCAGACUCCAACGGGUAUUGCUAAUUAUGAUCGGAACAGUUAUCCCCCUGGUUCAUAUGUAUCAGGAGGCAACCAGGGAAAUUGGCCACCUUCAGGCCCAUUCCAAGGGCCUGAUGGAAAAUCUUAUGUUUGUUGUGAAGUACCUGAGACGACAAAACUACAAAGUGCUUAUGGUCAAAAUAGUGGAGGGAGCCCCAAGAAUCUAUUAGCUCCAGGAGUAACUCAGCCUGGAGAAAAUUAUGGAUCUGAAGGACCAGGGGAACGCCAUAAUGUCCAAAAUGGACCUAGACAAUAUAGCCCAGAACUUGUAAGUGGUUUUAGACCGGGCGGACAGUAUCCAUAUCCAAGUAACAAAUAUACUCCUCCAGGAAAUCAAUUUGUUCAUGGAAACGAUGGCUACGGUGCAGGUGGACAGUAUAAUCCAAGAGGACAAUAUUUACCAGGGAGUGGAUCACAAUCAGGCGUCGUGGGUCCAGGCAGGCAAGUCACGUCUGGAAGUAGCCCUGGAAUAGGAAUUGGUGGACAAUAUUCUCCUGGUGCUGGUCCUUCUACGGGAUCAGGUGGACAGUACAUUCCUGGAAGAGAUAUAGGCUCCGAAACUGGAGGACCUGGAGGUCAAUAUUCUCCUAGUAUUGGUCCUUCUACAGGAUCAGGUGGACAAUACAUUCCUGGAAGAGAUAUGGGUUCAGGAAAUGGAGGCCCUAGAGGUCAAUAUUCUCCUAGUACUGGUCCUUCUACGGGAUCAAGUGGGCAAUACAUUCCUGGAAGAGAUAUGGGUUCCGGAAAUGGAGGCCUUGGAGGUCAAUAUUCUCCUGGUGCUGGUCCUUCUACGGGAUCAGGUGGACAAUACAUUCCUGGAAGAGAUAUAGGUUCCGGGACUGGAGGCCCUGGAAGCCAAUAUUCUCCUGGUCCCUCUACAGGAUCAGUUGGACAAUACAUUCCUGGAAGGGAUACGGGUUCUGGAAAUGGAGGCCUUGCAGGUCAAUAUUCUCCUGGUACUGGUCCUUCUACGGGAUCAGGUGGACAAUACAUUCCUGGAAGAGAUAUAGGCCCCGGAACUGGAGGUCCUGGAGGUCAAUAUUCUCCUGGUACUGGUUCUUCUACGGGAUCAGGUGGACAAUACAUUCCUGGAAGAGAUAUAGGUUCCGGGACUGGAGGCCCUGGAGGUCAAUAUUCUCCUGGUACUGGUUCUUCUACAGGAUCAGUUGCACAAUACAUUCCUGGAAGGGAUAUGGGUUCCGGAAAUGGAGGUCCUGGAGGUCAAUAUUCUCCUGGUACUGGCCCCUCUACGGGAUCAGGUGGACAAUACAUUCCUGGAAGGGAUAUAGGUUCCGGGACUGGAGGUCCUGGAGGUCAAUAUUCUCCUGGUACUGGUCCCUCUACGGGAUCAGGUGGACAAUACAUUCCUGGAAGAGAUAUAGGUUCCGGGACUGGAGGCCCUGGAGGUCAAUAUUCUCCUGGUACUGGUUCUUCUACGGGAUCUAGUGGACAAUACAUUCCCGGAAGAGAUAUAGGUUCCGGGACUGGAGGCCCUGGAAGCCAAUAUUCUCCUAGUACUGGUCCUUCUACAGGAUCAGUUGGACAAUACAUUCCUGGAAGGGAUAUGGGUUCCGGAAAUGGAGGUCCUGGAGGUCAAUAUUCUCCUGGUACUGGUCCCUCUACGGGAUCAGGUGGACAAUACAUUCCUGGAAGAGAUAUAGGCUCCAGAACUGGAGGUCCUGGAGGUCAAUAUUCUCCUGGUACUGGUCCCUCUACGGGAUCAGAUGGACAAUACAUUCCUGGAAGAGAUAUAGGCUCUGGGACUGGAGGCCCUGGAGGUCAAUAUUCUCCUGGUACUGGUCCUUCUACGGGAUCAGGUGGACAAUACAUACCUGGAAGAGAUAUAGGUUCCGGGACUGGAAGCCCUGGAGGUCAAUAUUCUCCUGGUACUGGUCCUUCUACAGGAUCAGGUGGACAAUACAUUCCUGGAAGAGAUAUAGGUUCCGGGACUGGAGGCCCUGGAGGUCAAUAUUCUCCCGGUACUGGUUCUUCUAUGGGAUCAGGUGGACAAUUCAUUCCUAGAGGUUCCGGGUCAGAAACCAGUAGCUCAGGAGGCCCCUUUAAUCCUGGAGAAGGUCAAUACGAUUUUGCCAAUGGAUCACCUUCUGGUCGUGAAGGGCAAAGGACUAAUUACAGGCCUGAUUCGGGAACUGGAGGUGGAAGUGGUCAGUAUACACCUAGUCUGACUGGUUCCGGCGGCAGCUUACCUAGUGGACCAUCUCUUCCUGAAGAUAAAUACGUUUAUAGAAACAGUCCUGAUAAAGUAGGUGGAGGACCGAAUGGCCCAUAUGGAAAUUCUGGAUCAAUUGGAAGCGAUGGUACUUUGCGGUAUCCAAAUGGCCAGACUGGCUCGCAAUAUGAGGUUGGAGGAACAAAUCCUACAUACAAUAAUGUACCACAAAAUUAUGUUGAUCCCCAGUCUGUCGCUAAUGAGGACGAUUCAGAAGCAGAAGCAGUUGUAUCUCAAGCAAUCAAUGGUACAACGGCCAGUGCAACUUCAAAGGGAGGAAAUGAUAAAGCGCGUGCUCAGACUCAUGUACAAGGAACAUAUUCAGGAAGUGGUUCAUUCCAAGCACAAGCACAAAUAGCAGGUGAAAACAAAGAGGCUGAAAGCGAGGUAAGUGGAGGCAAGAAAGGAGCGUCAAGUUCAGCAACUGGAAGUGGCCGUAAUAAUAAAUCUCAAGCAAGUGUUCAAUUAGGAUCUGAGACAGGAUCCGUACAAACAAAUUCCCAGAGUAGUGGGGCAAUGCAUUCUUCUAACUCACAAGUACAAGGCAGCGUUAAGGGAGGUACAGCUGACGCUCAAGCGCGUGGUCCUGGCAGCACAUCGUCGCAAGCACAAAUUGGAUUCACCCCAUACAAAGAUAAUGAAAAGUCAAAGCACGAUCUUCAGAAAACUCCGUUUGUCGGUGGAGGAAUGGCAUCAGCCCAAUCAAGUGGACGAACUGGUCAGUCACAAUCUCAAUUACAUGGUACCUUUAAGUAUGGUAUAACAUAUAACGGUGCCGCUCAGGCUGGGGCUAGUAUUGAUAAGGAUGCCAUAUUCCCGAAUAGACUAGCAUUUGAAAAAAUAGAUGUCUUCAAUGAGAAAGAUAAGAAUAUAAACGUGGAUCUCACUGAACCACCGCUGGAACUAGAAACUGAAAAAACACCCGAGACAACGCCAGCACUUCCAGAACUAGUAGUGGAAGAACAAAAAGAGGAAGAAGUAACAACAACGGAAAAGAGUUUUGAUGAAUCAUUAACAGAUUCAGAAAGUAAAUAUGAUGCUCAUCCCCACGCGGACCAUCAUUCUUAUGAGACCACACCCUUGGAACCUACUUUAACAGAUAACAGGCGAUCAUUCCACAAUUAUUAUGGCACCGAAUACGAUACGUACACGACAGAUAAAGACGACAAUGAUGAUUAUGAUCCUGAGAGCGCUUUCAUACCAGACGGAACGGAAGUCGAUCAAGGAGCCGAGUUUCCUAAUUAUGACGAAUACAGAGGAGAUGCCACCCAUCAAUCUCUACAAAGCCCGAGAAAGGGAGUAGAUGUGCUUCAAAGCACGGGUGGUAAUACGCAACACAUUGUUUUGGGAUCUCUUAAAAAGCACGACGCCGAAAUAACGCAGAAAAGUUCGGAAAGGCCAGACGAAAAAAGAAUAUACCAGCCUGGGGAGCGUGUGCCCGGCACAGGAGGAUAUACUAUACCCAUCGGUUUUACAGGAAGUGUGAAAUCAGUUGCUUCAAAAGACAAGACAUACGUAGUCGGCUCUAGGGAUUCUCCAUCUCAGGCGCAGACCGUCACUCUUACUCCUGGCACGGGAAAAGUCAAGUAUACAUAUCCUUCGAGUUACGGUAAAUACGUCCAUCCAACUAACUUACGUUCACUCAAUAGUAGACGUGAUGACGAUCGGUACGUUUCCAUGUCUAAAUCGGUGACCAGAGAUUUGGACAAUGACAAUAAUAUAAGAAAACAAUACUCACACACUUACUACACAAAGUCGUCCUCCUGUGGCUACUUCACUUUUACGUGUACAAUGGUAAGUAGCGCCGAAGGAAAGAAGAAAGUAUGUAAGCCGAAAAUACCAACCAAUCCCGAUGGUACGCCAAUAAGGUGCUAAUGUCCAAAAUACUGAUACAGUAGUUUUAUACACUCAAUGCUACUUAAUAUUGUAUUUUAAUUACUGACUUAGGGGAGGUCCUUAGUAUUUUAAUUAUAUGUAAAUAGACUUAAUUACUGUAAAAUAUACUUAGGCUAUAGAGGAAUGUAAAUAGUGUAAUUAAGUGAAGAUUAAACCUAUA